ACGUCACGUCUCUCCGCUAAAAAAAAGUUACGAGAUUUUGACGUCACCGCGAGGAUUCGUGUGCGUUGCUUCCACCCCCCUCCCUUCUCUCUUCCUCUCCCGUACGCGGAAGGGAGGGAGCCCGGAGCCGCCUCUCUCUCUCUCGCUGCUCUUCUCAUCUCACCGUGUGAUCGUGGGCCCGGGGAUCGCUGCGAGAGUGAAAGCGGCCCCGGGGGUUGUCAGCUUGAGCAGCGGGCGAGCGUCCGUCCGCUUCCGUCUCUCCCCUCCCCACCCCGUUCGAGGCGGUAAUCAUGGCGCAGCUCGGCGCGAGCGGCGGUGCUGGCGGGGAGGUGCGCGUUGCUCCGGCCGUGGCGCGCCAGUGGUGCGGCGGCGGCGGCGGCGGCGACGGUGGCGGCGAGGCGCAAGUUUACCGCGUGCCGGUGGUACAGCCUGACCUGCGACGGGAGGAGACGGUGCAGCACAUCGCCGAUGCGCUCGAGGCUCUCUCGCGCAUCUCCAUCGACAUUUUCUCACGGCUCUCGCAGAGGAUCGAGGAAAACAGGAGCCGCCUGCAGGGUCUGGACACACGCCUCUGUCUGGCGCAGGCCAAGAUUGACCACAUGAAGGGCAGCAAAAAGGCCAUCAAGGUCUUCUCCAGCGCCAAGUACCCGGCGACGGACGGGCUCGACGACUACGUUUCGGUGUUCACCGGCGCGGGAGAGGGCGGCGAGGUGCGGCGCCCGCGCUACAAGCUGCAGAGCAAGCACCGCGUGCUGGACGAGCGAGCCGUCAAGGAGAAGCUUCAGAUGUACCACGUGGGCGUGAGCCGCAGGCGACGGCAAGGCGACGAAGAGGCCGAGGAGGGACUGGGAGGUCUCCCACGCAACAUCAACUCCAUCAGCUCCCUGCUGCUCUUCAGCACUGCUGAGAACCCGUACAAGAAGUACGUGAUGCUGGACCCGCUGUCGGGCGCCGUCACCAAGACGCGCACGGCGCUGCAGGGCGAGGUGGACAGUGGCCCCGGGGAGGCGCCCAUCUCCAUCGCGCAGCGCGAGCAGAUGGAGCGCACGACCUUGGAGAGCUACUUCUACGUGCCGGACCUGGGCCAGGUUCCCGAGAUCGAUGUGCCGUCGUACCUGCCCGACCUUCCCGGCGUGGCGGACGACCUCGCCUACACGCUGGACAUGGGCCCCAGCAUCGCGCCCUCCGCCAUCUCGGCUGCCAGUCUCCCCGAACUGCCCACCUUCGAGCCGGGGCCCGGCGAUGGCCUGCUGCUGCCGGUUCCCUCCGGGGCUGCACCACCGCCGCCGCCGCCGCCUCCUCCACCUCCUCCUCCCCCGGGCCCUCCAUCUGGGAUGCUCCCACCGGGCCCCCCGCCCGGAAUGGCCGGCGGCGGUCCGCCGGGCCCGCCGCCUCCUCCGCCGCCUCCUCCGCCUCCACCGCCGCUCUCCGGCCCGGCUUCCGGCGCAGACGUCCCUCAGCCGGCGCUCGGGGUUCUGCAGGGCGCUCCGAGCGAGGUGGUGCAGCCCUCGGGGAACCGGGCUAACCUGCUGGAGUCGAUCCGCCAGGCCGGCGGCAAGACGUCCCUGCGCAAGGUGAAGGAGCGCAAGUUCGAGAAGAAGAAGCAGAAGGAACAGUCAGCGUCCGGCGUGGCGGCAGGAGGUGACCUGAUGUCCGACCUCUUUAACAAGCUCCAAUUGCGUCGUAAAGGCAUCUCGGGCUCCAAGGCGAGCGGCGGGGACGCCGCGACCGCGGGGUCGUCGUCGUCCGGGGCAUUUGCCCGCAUGGCCGACGCCAUCCCACCCCCUCCGGCCGUCGCGGGGAGCGGCAGCCCCGGCGGCGGCGGCGGUGGCGGUGAGGAGGAGGAGGACUGGGCCGACUGAGACUCCGCGGUCGACCGAGUCGGACCACCGACCGCCCCCUGCACCCCCCCCCCCCCCCCCCCCCCCAACCCCCACCGGGAUCUUACCGGGUGAUGGACAGCACGCCGGAUAAUCCCGCCACCUUUGGCGCCGCUUUCCUUUUUUUGCGCCGAAAGGUUUUGUCGGCUCGCGACGGCCAAAAAUGUAAAGUGGAGGAGCACUUCGGUUUCCGCGCGCAGGUGGCCCCCGAGCGGGAGGUCCGCCGAGCAUGCUCAUUGAUUUCCGAUGUCUGGGAGGCCGCCGCUUAGUUUCGGGGGGGGGGAUAUUGCGCCGCGCCCGCUCGUCUCGGCGCUGAGGCUUUUGACGCCGCUUUUCUCGGCCCCCGCACGGUGGCAGGUGUCGCGGAGGCGAUGGGAUGCCGUGGUGGGCAGAGUUGCCUGUGGACGGCGGAGAUCCCGCAGCCGUGCCCCCGCGCGCAGUCUUACGUUUAAAGCACCCAAUUGGCACUGCCGCGCUCUCCGAGCCGCGUUCGUGCCGACAUCAUCAUCGGCAUCAUCAACGUCGUCAUCAACGUCGUCGUCCUAAUCACCGUGAGCCAAUGUCUGUCCGCUGCUGGAUGAAGGCCCCUCCCCAUGACAGUCGGCGUGCCUCUCGCGCUCCCGCGCUGCCGCGAUUCAUCUCGCUGCCGCUCGGGGAGCUGAUCUGAUCGCACCGCCAUCACGGUGGGCAGCCUCUCACAGCUGUCCUCGGCAGGUCGAUGCUAUAUCUCUUGAUUUGCGUUCGAUACUGCAAGCGACCAUCUCCGCGAUUUGCACUUGAUUCAGCUCGUGUUCCAUUCCUCUUUUGUCACAGUCGGUGUUUUUUUUUUUAAUCUACGUCAUGGCUGAAAAUGCGGACCGAUUUAAACAGUGGAUUCUUGAGGCAGAUUCAUUUUCAUUGCCAAAUUCAGUUUGCCUAUUGCACUGCAGCCUACUUUUAGUCACUGUGUUGUUUGAUCAUUUGGUUCUGAUCCGCCUUCAACUAAUUGCCCUAAGAAUUCCAAAUGUAGCCUCCGAUGAGUCGGCCGGGCGACUCGGAGCUCAGAGCAACUCAUCCGGCACAGCUGCAGUGCUGGGUUCGAAUCCAGGGUUCCAGCCACCACUGGUUGGUCGUCUUAGCCCAUUCACCAAUGGCUGCAGAACGAAAAAAUACCCAGCACGUGUUUGUUCUGCAUUUAAUUGGUCUGCAUUUCCAGCCCUUAAGAAUUAAAUACAUAAUACAUCGGUUUUGUUGUGACGCAACCAACCUUACUCUCUGUUGCAGGGCGGUGGGGAAGUACUGCCCCCUGAUGGAAUUUCAGGAGCUGUCCCCGGAUAUAACCCCCAAAAGCACAAUCGGGCUAAAAUUGGCAAUGCAGUACAAAAAAUAUAAAUAAUUACACGGGUGUUCGGUAAUUUUCAUUUUUCAAAUCCAUUUUGCGAGCGCACGCGCCUCCGAUCAGCACCGUUGUGGUUACGUGCGGCGCUCAAGAAGUCCAACGUGCAUACGUAACGUUGUGUUUUGUUUUCACACUCGUUCUUGAUAUGCAAAUAUACCGGUCAACGCAGCCCGAGCAUGCUGUCAUGCAGGAGCGUUCACACACGGACACGCACAAAGACGAAGACCCCUCCCCACCCCCCCCGUAUAGCCUUAACAGAGUUGUGGCAAGUGCUGUUAGCGAGCACCUAUUA